AUGUGGAAAUAUCGUCAAGACAAAUAUGUGAUUCCAAGAGGAUUGAAAGUGUUUCCCAUUUUCACAGCAGUACAUCUUGAUCCAUCUCUUCAUGAAAAUCCUUUUGAAUUUAAUCCCAUGAGAUGGACCGACAAGGGAAAGAUGAACAAGAAAACGACGGCGUUUGGAGGAGGAGUAAGACAAAUCUGUUUGAAAACGUACGUGUCUUCUUAUCGUGGGAUUAGAGUUGAAGUUAAUGCUAAAUACUAA